ACCCAGGGAAGGGGCAGCACACCUAACGGCUGCUUGGGCUCCAGCAGCGUGUCCCUAGAGCAUGGCGAGGUGGCGGCGGAUAAGGCCCUGCUUCCAUCUGCUGGCGCUCCCUGCGGAGCCGGAGAGGAGGCGCCGGGGGCACAGGGGCCGCGGCCCCGCCCGCUGCACCGGGGCGCCGUGGCCCGCAGCGGUGAGGGCCGCAGCUGAGGAGCCGCAGCAGCCGCAGCAACAGCACCGGCUCCCGCGCCCCGCUCCCCGCGCUAGUUCUUCACCAAAGAAAAUGGAUGAAAAUGAAAGUAACGAGUCUCUGAUGCCAAGUGACCAAAAUCCUAAAGAAGCAGUGCGGAAACGACAAAAUUCAGCACGGGAUUCUGCAGAAAGCGAUUCUUCCAAGUUGUCCAAGAAAAGCUUCAAGCUGGAUUACAGACUAGAGGAAGACGUCACUAAGUCCAAGAAGGGGAAGGACGGGAGGUUCGUCAACCCGUGGCCCACGUGGAGGAGCCCUUCCAUUUCCAGCCUGCUCCGGUGGCUGCUCACCGAGAAGGAUCACAGCAGCGUGCCGUGUUGCAAAGAGGAACUUGACAAAGAACUCCCAGUGCUUAAACCGUAUUUUAUCGAUGACCCUGGAGAAGCCGGCGUGCGGGAGGCAGGCUUGAGAGUCACGUGGCUGGGCCAUGCCACGCUGAUGGUGGAGAUGGAUGAGCUCGUCUUCCUCACGGAUCCCAUCUUCAGCUCCCGGGCCUCUCCGUCGCAGUACCUGGGUCCGAAGCGGUUCCGGCCUCCGCCGUGCACGGUAGCCGAGCUCCCCCAAAUCCACGCUGUCCUCAUCAGUCACAACCACUAUGACCACCUGGACUACAGCUCCGUCAUUGCUCUCAAUGAGCGCUUUGGGAAUGAGCUGAGGUGGUUUGUGCCUCUGGGCCUCCUUGACUGGAUGCAGAGGUGCGGCUGUGAGAAUGUCAUUGAGCUGGACUGGUGGGAGGAGAAUUGUGUGCCCGGCCACGAUCAGGUCACCUUUGUCUUCACACCGUCCCAGCACUGGUGUAAAAGGACUCUGAUGGAUGACAACAAGGUUCUGUGGGGCAGCUGGUCUGUCCUGGGGCCUUGGAAUCGAUUUUUUUUUGCAGGAGAUACUGGUUAUUGCUCUGCAUUUGAAGAGAUAGGAAAAAGAUUUGGACCGUUCGACCUUGCAGCUAUUCCCAUUGGAGCUUAUGAACCAAGGUGGUUUAUGAAAUACCAGCACAUAGACCCAGAAGAAGCUGUAAGGAUUCACAUUGAUGUUCAAGCAAAGAAAUCUGUGGCCAUUCACUGGGGAACUUUCGCCUUAGCAUAUGAGCAUUACUUAGAGCCUCCAGUGAAACUGAGUGAAGCUCUGGAAAGAUACGGACUUAACAGUGAAGAUUUUUUUGUCUUGAAGCAUGGAGAAACCAGAUACUUAAAUACAGAUGAUUAAAACUUUGAACAAAGAUGAGCACAGGAGCUUUUAAUGAAAAAGAAAUCAUUUGAUAGAAAUUUGAAAACGGGGGCUGGGGAUUUAGCUCAGCGGCAUAAGCGCCUGCCUUGCAAGCAGGCAGUCGUGAGUUUGAUCCCUGGUACCGAUAAAAAAGGAAAAAGACAAAAAAAAAAAAAAAAAAAGAAAUUUGAAAACGGAAAGACUCAAGAAAUUCAGGAGUGUUGACUUUUUCCUUUGGAAAUGACUUCUGCAAGUGUGUGUUUUAUGUUUAUGUAAUAACUUGCUUACCAGUAUGAUGACCAGCUUAGAAAACCAUGAAGGAGGUGGGUCAUUUAAAUAACAAGCUGGUCAAUAUGGGUGUAAAAAAUAGCUAUCAAUGGUGUAAGCAUUUCAGUAGAAAUUUUUUAACUAAAACAUUAUACUUUAGUGGUAGUAGAAUUUUCUGAGAUUAUGAAACACUGGUAUUAAAGAGGCAUCUGUUUUUCUAUCAGGGUUUUCUUCAAGGUGAGUCAGGCCGUCUGCCUGGAUCUUUUCAGAGGCCUGCACACACACACACACACACACACACACACACACACACACACCCCCCUAACUGUAGUAAGUGACACAGCUGACUCCCACAUGCUUAUAAACAUAGCUCUUGCUUUGUCAAGAUUAGCUUAUAUGCCAAAUGUUAGGUGGUGUAUUUUGAUGAGCAUAAAGACAUAGGUGUUUGGGCUAAAUUACCAUUUUUAAAGACAUUACUUUUUAUUGUAAUAAAUACAUACAGACUUUUCAUUUUAACUAUUAAAAUUUUUUGGCAUUAAGUAUAUUCCCAUGGUUGUGCACUCAUGACUGCCAUCACUUAAAUUUUUAAAGAACAACACUGUGUUCUACUGCACAUUUCCAGUCUCCAUAUUGGAAGCUCUCUGAUCUGGGCAGAGGAAGGGAAAGGGUACGGUGAUGAGAAUGAUUUAUGAAAUUUUCUAUUUUUAUUCUAAAAUACCUUUUGGUAAGCACAAAUAUAAUUAAGUAUUUCAGAAGAUAAAUGUAGAUGUUACAUGUGAAUAGAAUAUACAUUUGACUUUUUUCAUUCUUCAUUUUCUCUAUUUUUUCUGGUUUGCUAACUCUAAUCCUAAAUAUAUCUAUAAAUAUUUUGUUUUACAUGAUUAAGAUGUUAUAUAUUUUUGUAUCAAAUGAUCUCUAAGUAUGAGAACACCUUUGUGGAAUACAAGUGGUUAAAAAAGUAGAUACUGGGUGUCAGCUAGUUUUAUGAGCUGAGCUGUGCAUGGUGGCACACACCUGUAGUCCUGAUACUCUGAGAUCGCUAGGAAGGUGUAUUAGGUACUGUUAGAGGGCCACUCACUCCAUGCUCUGGAACCAUAGGCUUAGUGAAAUAGGCUUCAUAUUCACACACAGUGACGCACGUUUUCUAAACCAAAUGCUACCUGGACCUUGCUCUGUAAUUGGGUUUGCACAGGUGCAUGCAUGACACAUUAACCACUACAUGUGAAUUUUAAUUUUCAUUGUUCCAUCUUGAAUUUUCUUUGUAACCUGAGAAGUCACUAUGCUCACUGUGCCUCUUCCUCGUGUGUAACAAGAGGAUACUUCUGACCUACCUCCAAACUGCAAAAUAAAUAAAGAGAUUUUAAAAAGCACUUUAGAGAUCUGAAGGAGCACAUGCUUUAAGAUGUCAUUGCUUUGAGUAGUUGGGUCCACCUGCAAACUGAGCUGGCUCAUGCUUCUGAGGUCUUUCUUAAUCCUUCUGCCGCAUAUGUAAGCACACAUUAGGACACUACCCACUGAAGACUAACAGCCGUGUCCCCCUCGCUUGAUAAAUUCAGCAAGUGAUCUUUGUCAAAAUUGAGCUUCAAAUCAGCAAAGUGUUGGUGAAAUGUGUGUGUUUAUAAUGUACGUCAGCACAUAUGACUUUGGGGCACUGAAGCACAAAAGAAAUUCUUAGAAGAUAAACUUCAGGACAAAACUGAGCAAACAAUUUCCCAGUUGUGUGCACCAAGAUGGGAGGGCGCUGAGGGUCAGCUCUGGGGCCAGCAUUCUUGUCGCCAUAUCCUUGUUGCUGCACGUCAAGCUGAAGGUUCAUUUCUGACCUCUGCAGCAAGCCCAGUACCUCUUGCUUGAGUACUUACUCUCCAUGAAUGGGCUUAGCGUUAGUUCUGUAUAACACGAACCCUUUUAACCGUGCCUCUAAGCACUUAAAAUGUUGUGUUCUGCUUCCAUUUCAUCGGGGGCUGGCUUUGUCUUUCUAGGCUUCCUGACAAGCCUUCAUUGUUACUGCCAUUCAUUUUCCUUCUACAUUGAUAUUUUAAAGUAUCAGUAUCAUGCCUUAUCAAAACCACCUCAUUGAGUGGUUUUCACUUUUCCGCUUACAUUUUGAAGGUUUCAGUGCUAAGUGAAGAUUGAAAAGACCAAUCUAUUCACUCUGAUGAACACUGAACACCUUUUAAUCUUUUUGAUCAGUAAGGUCAAUUUCCUGUUCACCUUUGAUUAGUGAACAUCCUGAGCAACACUGACACAUCCUACCACCUAAUAAAAGUAAAGAUAUAUCACGACCUACAUAAGGAAGAUCUGUGUAUUUCACUACGUGUUCUGGAUAGCAAAAAUUAUGCGUGUUGUGACAUUUCAGAAUCAAUGCUCUAAUCUCUGAAGUAUAAUUACGCAGACUAAAAACAGGAAAAGAAGAUAAGAGUUUCAGAAUCCAGCGCUGCUAAAGCAUAUUGAACACAAAUUCUGGUUUUUAAUAUGUGCACAUGUUGAACACGUAUUUAAAUAGGUAAUUUUUAAAAACUUGUAAAGAAAUGUGCCUUUCCAGGGUUUACCACCUACUGUAUUGUAUUUUUAGCCAUCUAUUACACUAUUCUAGCCCACUGCAAAUUUGUUUUUCAUCUUUUUCCAGAAAGUUAUCUUUUAAUGUCUUCACUAAAUAACAUUUACACACAAUACUACUGUAAGUUUUUAUCCGAGAGAAAUGUACACGUGCAUCAGCUUAUUCAAGUUCUAAAGUCAGGCAUCUCCACAGACACCUGGUGCACCGCGGCUGGCCGGCCCACCCUCAAUUUUUCACUUACAUAAAACCCUUUUUCUACUGUUCAAAUAUUUCUUCAGAGUUAAUUUCUGUGUCACAAUAACCCUGAGAACAUUUUUUCAGUUUGAGGAUUUGUAACUCCCUUUGGAAAUAAGUCUUGUAUAUUUGCGAAUGAAGUUCUUAAGGCUUUACACAGGUAGAAACCUGCUUGUAUAUUUACUCAGUGCUAAGCAUGAUGGGGCUUGGGAACUUGGAUAUUAUAGAACCUGGCUGAAUCAGACAUCACAUUGUUACUGCUGAUGGGAGAAAAUACUAUUUAAAAAGAUAAUAGCUGAAAAUGUUCAUCUAUUGUAACGUUAGUAAAAAAUGGAUGAAAAUAAAGUACUGUCAGGGGGAAAAUUA